UGUUAGUCUCUCGGCCAUUCCUGCCAUUGCCUCACCGUCAGCCGAGCCAAGGGGUCACACCCCCCACCACUUACAUUUGUGAAAGUAUUGGAAGUUCGACUGAAAAUGAAGACCAGGACGUUGUUAUUAUGUAUUGCUGUGGCGCUAGCGUCAUCCGCGCCGGUGCCCGAGCCAGAGCCCCAGCACGUCGAGUACGACUACGAGUACGAGAAUGCCGCCGCGCCCGCGCAAGCCCAGGCACAAGCGCAGGAACCUCAGGAGUCCGCUAGCCACUAUGACGCUUACAUCCAGGAUGUUAAGGCUGCGGCCAGCGGCGGCCACAGUGCUAAGAAAGGUUACAGUCAAGGUAGCGGCCUCCGAACGAUAGCUGUCGGCUCUGCCAACCAGGCUAAGACCGCGCUGGGCAACCAAAACGCCGCUGGUCACCAGGCCGCCUACGUGGCCAAGAAUACCCUGGCUCAGUCCGCUGCGCAAGCUAGCGCGACCGCGCAGGCUGCGCUUGCUGGCAAACAGGUGAUCCUAUCAGGCCUGGAGCAACAGGUCCGUGACGCCAAGGUGGCCCUGCAAGGUGAAGAGAUGCAGCUGCAGCAGGCCAAGCGAGCGGCUCAGGCGGCGGCUCAGGCGGCCCAGCAGGCUAUGCACCAAGUAAACGUGAUCCAAGCAGCGUUGAACGCCGCUCAGGCGACGUCAGAGAACGCCAACGAAGCCGCGUCUCAAGCGGCCGGCGAGCUCGGUGCCCAAACUGCCAUGGUUGGCGCGGCGCGGCAGAGGCUAGGCUCCCUUCAGGAGCAGCUGCACGGAGUCAGGAUCGACUUCGAGGCUACCCAGGCUGCGGCUAGGAAGGCGCAGGCUGCUGCCCAACAAGCCCAAGCGAACGCAGCGGAGGCGGCGGCGAAGGCCGCGGCGGCCGGGCUCAGCGCCAACCACCCGAAGGACGUCUCGCACGAAGGUACGAGCUACGAGGAGUACACUCUGCCCGCGCAGGAAGCGCCGCAGGAGUACUAUAUCAACGUCCCGUCGAACUACAAGCACUAGUAGCUAAGCUUUAGUCUAAUCUGGAUUUGAAGUUGUUUUGUUUUAAUUUGGAUCAUUGGGAAUAGUAAGACUGGGUCACCGUCUUUUGUUUUAAAAGCCAUAUUUUGGACAUACCAUUUUACUUUAGAAACCAUUAUGCCCAAGUAUAACAUCUUGACAUUUACGUAUUUUAGUUUAGAAAAUAGCGGGAAAUUUGCUAAAAAUAUAUAUCUAUAUGAUGAGGUGUUAAAUAUUUACAUAUUAAUAUGCAUAACAUAUACUUACCUACUACAAUUAGUGCGGCCGCACUUUAUUUCAACAGUAUUACCGUUAUUCAAUAAUCAACGAAAAUAAAUUACCUAGACGAAAAGAGGUCCAGAUACAUACUUACUUAUAAUUCCCAAUGAUACAAAUUAUUAAAUAAACUAUCAACUCCAGAUUACAAACAACAAAGUUAACAUGAGAAUAGGAAGCCAUAAUUUAUUUAGACAUAGUAGUAUGUUUAAGUGAUUCAGUUAAUCUGUUCUUAACUUCAGUCAUUUUGCUCUCAAGGUAUCCUAUUCUUAUUUUAACUACAUAAACAAAAUGUAAAUAAUAGGUUUUCUACCUAGUUGUUCAAGUUUGAAUUUUUUUACGAAACUUUUUUGUGAUAUUUUUUUUACUUGAUUUUUAUAGCUUUUUUUAUAAAUUUUACUUAUUUAUUUACAGUAGACCGAAGUGAGUUUUUAUAUUAUCAAUAUUAUCAUGCAAAUGACAAUACAUGUACAAUAUAAUUAUAAAGUAAAUAACAACACUAAUCUGACGCCAGUGAGCUUUGGUAAAAAUAGUAUAAGUAAAAUAAGAUGUUAAUUACUAUCACGAAUUGCAAUAACAAUAACUAAUUAAUUUGGAUUUUUACAAAAAGUUAUGUAAUAAAAAUGAGGAGCCAUAAAUGGCAAUACUCAGGAACUAUCUUAUAAUUCUUAUACUAUUUCAACCGUAAGCAACCAAAAUUAAGUGCGAUGUCCAACUGCUGAAUGCUGGAAGCAAACAAAUGUAUAAAUGUUAAAUAAAAUAUUUUGUGAUAA